UUUUUACGUUCAUGAUCGCUGUCACGAUCAUCCACCGGCAUUGUUAUCUAGAUUCACCUUGCUCAGAUAUCUGAAGAAGUUAGUAGGAAGUGUGAGAGAAAACCAUGCCUGAAAACCUUGGAUGCGUGCUCGUCGCCGUUGAUGGCAGUGAAGAGAGCAUGAACGCUUUGAAUUGGGCACUCGAUAAUGUCAAGCUUCGUCCAGAAGGAACUUUAGUCAUUAUUCAUGUUCAAUCACCGCCGUCAAUCGCCGUCGGUCUCAAUCCCGGUGCUAUCCCCUUCGGUGGUCCCAGUGAUGUGGAGGUGCCGGCGUUUACUGCGGCUAUCGAGGCGCACCAGCGGCGGAUUACUGAUGCUAUCAUAACUCAUGCUAUGAAGAUUUGCGCCGAUAAGAAUGCGGAGGUCAAGACACAAAUAGUGGUUGGAGAUCCUAAGGACAAAAUAUGUGAAGCUGUUGAGGAAUUGCAUGCUGAUUUGCUUGUAAUGGGAUGCCGUUCUUUUGGUCCUAUCAAGAGGAUGUUUUUGGGAAGUGUAAGUAACUACUGCUCCAACAAUGUGCCGUGCCCUGUCAUGAUAGUUAAAGGCACUGCUUAAAAGAACUUUACUGGUACCAUUGCUGUGGCCUCCAUGGAAAAGUUUGAGCUUCAAUGGAGGAUCCUCGACAAUACAGUAUCUAAGAAGUCGAUAAUCUGCCAUCAGCCUUUGCAUGGUAUAUAUACUAUUUGUUGAGUAAAUCUGUUGUGUGUGAUGCUUAAUUUGUUGUAUAUUAUUGUUGUUUGGAAUGCAUUUAAGCAUAUUAUUGUUAUUUUAACCGAAGAUUACACUUUGGCAUGGUUUAUAUAAUAAAGUUUCAUUUAUUGAAACAUUAUGAGUUGUUAUCCAUUGAA